AUGGAAGGUGCGCUGCAGGAUGGAGUUGCUCCCGUGCUCCCGGUGGGAGGGCAGGUGGGUGAUGGCCCAAGCUUCUUCAAUGUCAAUCUUGAAUGUCACUGUGGUCGCCCUUGCCAAUUGGACGCAGCUUCCAUUGCCAGACUGGAGGCACCAAACUUAAUGAUGCCUUACAGCAGCUUUCCGGCGAACAAGCUCCCUAAAAAGGUCAACAACCCAACGCAGUCUACGCCGUUGGCAGGAACGACCCAGAAUUAUCGGCAUACGGGUACCGACAGGCAACGAUCGGAUUUGGCAAGGCUGAAGCAGCAACAGCUCCUUCCUGCCCAGCAUCUGCAACUAGGUACCUAUCUCGUGUAUACUGAGGUGGUACUGAAUUACUUUGAGUUGUGCGAAUCUUUCAAUCUCGGCCAAUUCUUUCCCGCUUCUGACACUUCCGAAAAGCAUCAGCAACUCACCUGCGAGUUCCCCGCUUCUGCCUGGAUCGUGAAGCUUCGCCCCACCCACUCUGAUUCAUUGGACUUCCAUACUAAUCAUUACGUCCAUCGACCCAACUAUCGGGAGCUGCUGGCAGGAUAUCAUUGCCCUUGGUAUUUCUCGCGUCUUUGA